AGCUGUCGGUGUGGUCAGUGGCGGCUCUGAGGAAAGCGGCUACCGCCAUGAUAGAACAGCAGAAACGAAAAGGCCCAGAGUUGCCGCUGGUCCCAGUCAAGCGGCAGCGCCAUGAGUUGCUGUUGGGAGCGGCGGGGUCGGGCCCCGGAACAGGGCAGCAGCAAGCAACGCCGGGAGCUUUGCUGCAAGCGGGGCCUCCAAGGUGCUCCUCCCUUCAAGCCCCAAUCAUGCUGCUCUCGGGACAUGAAGGAGAGGUGUACUGCUGCAAGUUUCAUCCCAAUGGAUCCACCCUCGCAUCUGCAGGAUUUGACCGACUGAUAUUGUUGUGGAAUGUCUAUGGUGACUGUGAUAACUAUGCCACACUGAAGGGACACAGUGGAGCAGUGAUGGAGCUGCAUUAUAACACAGACGGCAGUAUGCUCUUCUCAGCAUCCACAGAUAAAACUGUGGCAGUGUGGGAUAGUGAAACAGGCGAGAGAGUUAAAAGGCUGAAAGGACAUACUUCCUUUGUGAAUUCCUGUUACCCAGCCAGGAGAGGCCCCCAGCUUGUCUGCACUGGGAGUGACGAUGGUACAGUUAAGCUUUGGGAUAUCCGGAAGAAAGCAGCCAUCCAGACAUUUCAGAACACAUACCAAGUGUUAGCUGUGACCUUCAAUGACACAAGUGAUCAGAUUAUUUCUGGUGGAAUAGACAACGAUAUCAAGGUCUGGGACCUACGCCAAAACAAGCUAACCUACACCAUGAGAGGCCAUGCAGAUUCAGUGACUGGGUUAAGUUUAAGUUCUGAAGGCUCUUAUCUCUUGUCCAAUGCAAUGGACAAUACAGUGCGGGUCUGGGACGUCCGGCCUUUUGCCCCCAAAGAGAGGUGUGUGAAGAUAUUUCAAGGGAACGUGCACAACUUUGAAAAGAAUCUUCUGAGAUGUUCUUGGUCACCUGAUGGAAGCAAAAUAGCAGCUGGCUCAGCUGACAGGUUUGUGUAUGUGUGGGAUACCACGAGCAGGAGAAUACUGUAUAAGCUGCCUGGCCAUGCUGGCUCCAUCAAUGAAGUGGCUUUCCAUCCUGACGAGCCCAUCAUUCUGUCGGCAUCCAGUGACAAGAGACUGUACAUGGGGGAGAUCCAGUGAAGAUGCGGAGCAGAAGACACCAAGGCUGCUUGUCCUCCGUCUGCAUGAGCGGCACCACGUUGUGCCCAGGCCGGCACCGCCCCCAGAUGGCCAUUACUAGCAAGAAGCAGGGAGCAGUGGCCGUCCUCCAGCAGCCACUGUGUCCCACGUCACCAGGAUGGUUGGGGAGGCUCUCGUGGCCUCCAGACCACCUGCCAGAUUUCAGGGACUGGUUUUCUUGUUUGUUUUUCACUCUUUUUAUAUUUUAAAUAAGAUUCUUCAAAGGGACAAAUAUUGAUUGGUUUGUAGUUUCCUGUUUUCUAAUCCAGGCUGAAGACAGGGAAUGUGACUGAAAUUUGUUGAUUGGGUUUUGUUUUGUCUUAAUUCAGUAACUGGCGUGUGUGAUAUUUGCUUCCUGUGUUUCUCUGAGUCAUUUUGUAUUAAAAGCCAAAUAGAUGCCUUUUUUACAAGA